GCGAGCACCACAGCACACCGGGGAGGGAUGGAAGACUAACACCCGUGGAAAACUUUAUCCGUAUUCCGUUUUCCGGCGAUGCAGCACGUGAUGGGCGGACGGGCGUGGGCGUGGGCGUGCGUGUGUUUGUUGGGCGUGGGUAUGGCGGCGGGGGCGGGGUCUGGGGCGGGUCCGGGGGCCAAAACGAGCGUGGUGAGGCUGGCCGAGGAGGAGGACUGCCGCGAGGACGUGCACGCCCACUGCAAGGACGACCUCAGGAGCAACUUCGCCGUGCUGGAGUGCUUGCAGGACCAGAGGAGGGAUCUGCAGGACGUCAUCAGCGACAAGUGUAACCACAUGCUAUGGACCUACAAGAUGAACCUGACUCGCAGCGGGAGGAUAGAGGAGCUGGCCAAGGGCGUGUGCGAGGAUGAGCUGAACGAGUAUGAGGACUGUCGACCCGGCACACAGCCCGGCCACACCAUAUCCUGCAUGAUUGACAAGCUGAACCAGAUCAAGAACGAGCGCUGCCGUCAAUACCUUCUUCGCCUCGCCGCCAUCGUCUUCAGUGACUUCCGAUACGUCAAGCACAUGGUGGAGGACUGCCAGACUGAGAUACAAAAGUUCAAGUGUGGCCGCGUGGAGGGGACGGGUGGCGGGGGGCGAGGGGCGCGAUCAGGGGGAGCCGGAGGGGACGAGGAGGAGGAGCCUGCCCCCCCACGCUACGUCCACUCCCAGGGCGCUACGAUUGAGUGUCUGUCUCUUCACGCGGGGGAGUUGGAGGAGGCGUGUCAUAAACAGAUCCUGAGACUGGCAGAGCUCCAAUCAGAUGACUUCCACCUGGACCGGCCUCUGUUCUUCGCCUGCCGGGAUGACCGCGAGAAAUUCUGUGAGAAGGUGCGGUCUGGCGAGGGGCGUGUGUACAAGUGUCUCAUUAAGCACAAGACUGACCGCGGCAUGAGCAAGGAGUGUGCUGACCAGCUCUCCCGACGGCAGAAACUCACAGUGCAGGACUACCGGGUGAACAAGGGCAUCGUGAGGGCUUGUCGCAGCGCCAUACAGGAACACUCAUGCAGGAAGGGGAGCUCCAACGAUGCCCACGACGUCAAGCUGUCCAAGAUCCUGCUGUGUCUGGAGAAUGCACUCAAGCAAGGCGCCAACAUCGACGGGUCUUGCCGCGAGGAGAUGCUGGCACACCGCCGUCAACUCCUCGAGGACUUCAAGCUGUCGCCGGACCUGAUGCUGGCCUGCCGGGUGGAGCUUGAACAGUUCUGCCACAGCGGCCAGGGCGGGGGGGGCGAGGGGGGCGGCCGCACACUGCACUGCCUCAUGAAGCACGCACGCUCCCACAAGAUGAGGAAGAGGGUGACGGAUGAGUGCAGGAGAGAGCUGGAGAAGGUUGUGAAGGAGACAGACGCUGGGGAGGACUGGCGCGUAGACCCAGUGCUGCACGAGGCCUGUCAUCGCGUCGUAGAGACCUCCUGCCGGGACCUCAAGGGGGGGAACGCCAGGGUAAUGCGUUGCCUGAUGCGUCACCUGGACUCCCCUGAGAUGCCGCAAGAGUGUGAGGCGGCCCUGCUUGAGAUACAGUACUUUGUGUCGAGGGACUGGAAGCUUGACCCCCAGCUACACUCUGCUUGCCUCUCCGACGCCACGCGACUCUGCAACGCCAAAAAGAACUGGGCGGAGAUCGUGGACGGCUCGGGAAAUUCGGGAAAUGCUAUCUCGUCCGGGGCCGCACAAGUCCUCCCGUGCCUCUUCCGAUAUGUCUACCACCCCACGGCCGAGUUGAGGCUCACCCCGCUGUGUGGCCAGGAGGUCCAGCGGGUGAUGCACGAGCGAGCGGCCUUUGUGGACCUGCACCCGGACAUUGAGAUGGCCUGCAUGGAUCACCUGGCCCACAUGUGCUCCCAGGACACCGGCCCGCGGGAGGAGAUGGCCUGCCUGCAAGAAAACCUGGACAAGCUGGGCAAGGAGUGCAGGGAUGUGGUCAGCAACUACACGGAAGCGGAAGCCAAGGACUCGCGCCUCAACUCUGACCUCAUGACGCACUGUGCCGGGCCUAUCACCAAGAUGUGCUCUGACGCGGCAGUAUCCCUAAGGAGUGGCAGCGGCGGGGCGGGGGCUAAUGGGGUGGGGGAUACCGGGGACAGCCUGAUGGACUGCCUGAUCCGACACAAGAACGUGGAGGCCAUGCAGGGACAGUUGAAGUGUAGGUCCGUCAUUGAGCACUUCCAGCUGCUGGCCAUGAAAGACUACACGUUCAGCCCCAAGUUCAAGGAGGCGUGUCAGGGUGACGUGGCAUCACUGUGCAGCAAACCCAAGCCCAGGAACAAGGCAGACGUCAUCGAGUGCCUGAGCGGACAGGUGCGUAACGCCAUACUGACGGACACCACGCACCAGGUGAGCCGUCCGUGCCGCCAACAGCUGCGCCAACAGAUGCUGCAGCGCCACGAGAACAUCCGUUUCGACCCAAGGCUGAAGGACGGCUGCGGCACGGACAUCGACAAAUUCUGCAAGGAUGUGCCGUUCGGGAGAGGCGCUAUCCUGGAGUGUCUUCGUCGUAACCGUGCCAACAUCAGCGCAGACUGCCAUCGUCGGCUGUUCGUCCGCGAGCAGGAGGAGCUGCAGGACCCUGGGACGGACGUGGUGCUGAUGGCCGCCUGCAGGAUGAUGGUGGACCGUUACUGCCAUGAUGUGGGGUCUGAGAAGCUCCUGGGAUGUCUCAAGAGCAACAAGGAGAUGGCCAACUUCGACAGUGGUUGCCGUUUGGUGGUGAUGAGACGGCUGGUGGAACAGACAACCGACACGCGCCUCAACCCGGAACUCCUGAGGGCUUGCAGACACGACAUGGCCAAGUUCUGCAGCGUCCUUUUCGACCGAGCGAAUACGUCGAGCACGGAGCUGAACGGCCUACUGACGGAGUGCUUGAAGGAGCAGCUUCCCGCCCGCAAGCUAAGCACCUCCUGCCGAAGCCGUGUGGUGGCCCUCGCUCGCACCGCCGCCCUCAACUACAAGAUGGACCCUAUACUGAUGGACAAGUGCAAGACGGAUAUGAAGGUCCUGUGCCCAGACGAGAUGGAGCAUCACAUGGAGGAGUGCCUCAAACUCGCCUUCCAGCAGGACCGCCUCAGUGCCCCGGAGUGCCGCCUACACCUGGCCCACGUCAUCGAGACAGAGCGGGCGGAUAUCUCAGUCGAUCCCGCCCUCAACCAAGUCUGCGGCGUGGAUGAUAACAAGUUCUGCUCGGCCAUGGAAGACGGAACGCAUUUCUCCUGCCUGCUUGACGUACUGGAGCGCAACCCCCAGGGCCUCAAAGCGGAGUGUCGCGAGGCACUGCGGAAGAGGCAGGAGAUGUACAGUGCCGCUAUCAAGAUGACCAACAUUGGGUCCGUCAGCGACCUGGUGCGGCACGUCAAUGCGUCGUCGGAGCGCACGUACCUCCUCCUGGUGCUGGUGAUGCUGCUGGGCGCCAUCUUCUUCGGUGGUCUGUUCUGCGGCCGCGUCACGAAGCGCACCAAGUUCCUCAAGGACAGAUAAAAGUUGCCGGGUGCCCAAUUUUUUUUUUCUUAAACUUUCUCUCCCUCCCCUCCUUCGUUUGUAGUUUCCCUUCUUUUUUUUCCUUUAACUUUCUCUCCCUUCGUUCAGUUUCCCUUUUUUUUUACAUUUUUCCUUCUUUUUUCGCAACUUUUCUUCAUAAUUUCGUAACACUCUUUUUUUCUUAAACUUUCUCUUCCUCCCUUCCUUCAUUUGUAGUUUCCCUUC